AUGGCGCAUACUGAUGACGAGGUCAAAUCCCACAUCUUCACCCCAGGCCCUAGAGGACAUCUUAGCCAAGUUCCAUACAUCGUGACUUGGGAAAGCCUGGUUUUUGACCCACCACUAUGGGUCGCCCCCUUCGCUACCCCAAAACCUCUCCCCUCUUCCCUUCCUAAUGAGGCCGCCGAACCCCUGCUCGCUCCCGCCCCGCAGCCUCCAGCCCCUCCCCUCCCUCCUUCCACUCCUCUUAUUCCAGUCCCUCCUCAGACCGCCCAAACCUCUAGACUGUACCCUAUACUGGAUAAAUCCAAGCUCUCCGUUUCUCCUAAGCCAAAACCUUGGGCUGUCCUUCCGCCCGAGGAAAAUACCUUAAUAGAUCUACUAACAGAAGAACCCCCACCUUACCCUCCUCAACCUCUCCCCAAUACCAAUCCUCAUCCGGAUUCCUCCGAGGAGGAUGAGGAACCCCCAACUGCCGGGACCCUCCCAGACCCCUCUCCAAUGGUGGGAAGACUCAGAGGGCGCAAGGAGCCUACAACUUCUAGGGAAACCUCCAAGGUUUUCCCCUUAAGACAGACUGGAGGCCCCAAUGUGACCCACCAACCGACUUGGGAUGACUGCCAACAGCUUCUCCAGACUCUCCUCACAUCUGAGGAAAGGCAAAAAGUCUUAUUGGAAGCCCGUAAAAAUGUUCCUGGGGACAAUGGACGUCCCACACAGCUCCCCAAUCUGAUUAAUGAGGCUUUUCCCUUGAGACGGCCUGACUGGGAUUACAACACCGAUGAAGGUAGGAACCACCUACGUCUCUAUCGCCAGUUACUCAUAGCGGGUCUCCAUGGGGCCGGACGAAGGCCCACCAAUUUGGCUCAGGUAAGGCAAACUGUUCAAAGGGCGGACGAAACCCCUACUGCCUUUCUAGAAAGGUUGAAGGAGGCAUAUCGCAGGUUUACUCCUUUCGACCCAGAUAGUGAGGAACAGAAAGGCAAUGUCUCUAUGGCAUUCAUCUGGCAAUCUGCCCCUGACAUUAGAAGCAAGCUACAAAGGUUGGACAAUCUGCAGGAUUUCUCCCUAGCAGAUUUGUUAAAGGAAGCAGAAAAGAUUUAUAAUAAGAGGGAAACUCCAGAAGAGAAAGAAGAAAGGAUUAGGAAAAUGCAGGAAGAAAGGGAUUUAAAAUACCGAGAGGAAUUAGAUAAGAGGGAUCAAAAGCAUGAUAAAGAAAUAAGUAAAGUACUGGCCGCAAUAGCUCAGACAGGGUCACAAGAGGUUAAAUCAGGGAGAGAAAGGGGACGAAGCAGGCCCCAUGUGGAAAACGACCGAUGCGCCUACUUGGACACAGGAGCCCAACAUUCGGUGCUGACGCAGGACCCCGGACUCCUAAGUGGAAGGACAACAUGGGUCCAAGGAACCACCGGAUGUAAACCGUAUCAAUGGACCACUAAAAGAGAAGUCCACCUUGCCUCAGGUAAGGUCUCCCAUUCAUUCCUGCAUGUGCCCGACUGUCCAUACCCAUUACUAGGAAGAGACUUACUGACCAAACUAAGCCCCAUAGUGAUCACACUUAAGACCACCGCAAUUCCUAUCAAUAUUAAACAAUACCCCAUGUCAAGAGAAGCUUAUCUAGGCAUUAAACCGCAUAUCAAGCGGCUCCUAGAUCAAGGCAUACUGACACCUUGCUGAUCACCCUGGAACACCCCCUUACUCCCAGUCAAAAAGCCAGGGACUCAAGACUAUCGCCCGGUCCAGGACUUAAGGGAAAUAAACAAGAGAGUGUAAGACAUUCACCCCUCAGUGCCCAACCCUUACAACCUUCUCAGUACCUUGCCCCCCACUCAUACCUGGUAUACUGUCUUAGAUUUAAAGGAUGCAUUCUUCUGUUUGAGGUUAAGUUCCCAGAGCCAAGCCCUAUUUGCAUUUGAAUGGAAGGAUCCUGAGGAAGGACUUUCAGGACAAUUGACCUGGACCCGGUUACCACAAGGAUUUAAGAAUAGUCCAACACUUUUUGACGAAGCCCUACAUCAGGACUUGGCCGACUUUCGGGUAAGACACCCCUCCUUGAUAAUGCUCCAAUAUGUGGAUGACAUCUUAUUGGCAGCCACUUCCAAGGAGGAAUGCCUGGAAGGAACGAAAGCGUUAUUGCAAACCCUAGGGCAACUAGGGUACCGGGCAUCAGCCAAAAAGGCACAAAUUUGUCAAACCAAAGUUACUUACCUUGGUUAUGAGUUACAUGAUGGCCAAAGGUGGCUAACCUCAGCCAGAAAAGAGACUAUUUCAAGCAUCCCAGUCCCCAGGAACCCUAAACAGCUGCGGGAAUUUCUGGGAACUGCAGGAUUUUGCAGGCUAUGGAUUCCUGGGUUCGCGGAAAUCGCAGCCCCUUUGUAUCCACUGACGAAACAAAACAACCCUUUUACUUGGACUGAGAAACAACAGAUGGCAUUUGAUCAAAUCAAAUUAGCCCUCCUGUCUGCCCCUGCCUUAGGUCUACCAGAUGUCACCAAACCCUUCGAUCUGUUUGUAGACGAGAAACAAGGCUAUGCUAAAGGGGUCCUAACCCAGAAAUUAGGACCUUGGAGGCAUCCUAUAGCCUACUUGUCCAAGAAAUUGGAUCCCGUAGCGUCGGGAUGGCCCUGCCUUCGGAUGGUGGCGGCUGUCGCCAUCCUAAUUAAAGAUGCCACCAAAUUGACUCUGGGACAGCCAAUAACUCUACUAACACCCCAUACCAUCGAGGCCAUUAUUCGUCAACCUCCCGACCGCUGGAUUUCUAAUGCUCGGCUCACCCACUAUCAAUCUUUACUGAUAGAUAUGGACCGAAUCCAAUUCGGCCCCAUUGUGACUUUAAACCCAGCAACACUCUUGCCCCUUCCAGGAGGGCCCACCCCCCAUAACUGCCAGCAGAUUCUUGCAGAAACCCAAGGAACCCGACCAGAUCUCACAGAUCAACCCAUGAAGGACGCAGAGCUGGUAUGGUACACUGAUGGAAGCAGUUAUCUACUUGACGGGGAACGACGGGCAGGAGCAGCAAUCACCACCGAAUCAGAGGUAAUUUGGGCAAGUGCAUUACCGGAAGGAACUUCAGCUCAACGGACAGAAUUAAUAGCCUUAAAACAGGCAUUAAAACUAGCUGAAGGAAAGAAACUCAAUGUGUACACGGACAGCAGGUAGGCCUUUGCCACCGCCCACAUUCAUGGAGAGAUUUAUCGGCGGCGAGGAUUACUAACUGCAGAAGGAAAAGAAAUCAAAAAUAAAACUGAAAUUUUAGCUUUACUAAAAGCCUUAUUCUUGCCAAAGAAAUUAAGCAUCAUACACUGUCCCGGCCACCAGAAGGGGAAUCACCCGGAGGCAAAAGGGAACAGGCUGGCAGACGAAACUGCAAGGAAUGCGGCCCUGGGGCCACAACUCCUAGUGACUACCCUAUUGCCACAAAAGGCCACCUAUAACCCAACUGAAGGCACGUGGGAAUACCAGGGAAAAACUGUAAUGCCUAUCAAACACACCAAUGAACUAAUAAGAUCCUUACACAGACUUACUCAUUUGGGAGCUAAAAAGAUGAGAACCCUCUUGGAUCGUGGAGAAGGAAAUCUAUACCUGCCCCACAGAGACUCAAUCAUCAGGCAAGUUGUAAGAAAUUGUCAAGCUUGUGCUCAGGUUAACGCAGGUAAAAUAAAAUUUGGGAUUGGAACCCGGGCCAGAGGGCACAAGCCUGGAACUAGUUGGGAAGUCGACUUUACAGAAAUCAAACCUGGUAUGUAUGGAUACAGGUAUCUUUUAGUUUUUGUGGACACUUUUUCAGGAUGGGUAGAAGCAUAUCCCACUCGGCAUGAGACUGCUAAAGUUGUGGCAAAGAAGCUGUUGGAAGAAAUUUUUCCAAGGUAUGGUAUCCCAGGGACUAUUGGUUCAGACAACGGGCCUGCCUUCACCUCCCAGGUAAGUCAGUUGGUGGCCAGUACACUGGGGAUUAAUUGGAGAUUACAUUGUGCUUAUCGACCCCAAAGUUCAGGACAGGUAGAAAGAAUGAAUAGAACCAUUAAGGAGACUUUAACUAAAUUAACGCUUGAAACUGGCACUAGAGACUGGGUACAGCUCCUGCCAUUAGCUUUGUACAGGGCCAGGAACACACCUGGUCCCCAGGGAUUAACUCCCUUUGAAAUCCUGUAUGGCGCACCACCACCUGCUGUAAAUUUCUAUGAAACUGAGAUUUCUGCUCUGUUCACCCCCACCCUGCAGACCCAUUUACGUGCAUUGCAGUUAGUCCAAAAUGAAGUCUGGAAGCCCCUAGCGGCAGCCUACAAGGAACAACUGGAGAAACCAACAGUGCCACACUCCUUCAAGAUAGGAGACACCAUUUGGGUCCGGAGACAUCAGAACAAAAACCUCGAACCUCGCUGGAAAGGACCAUACACCGUCUUACUAACCACCCCCACCGCCAUCAAGGUAGACGGCAUCGCAGCCUGGAUCCACGCAGCCCACGCGAAAGCGGCACCUCCACCAGACUCCAUCUCUACACCCCAAGAAUCAGCAUGGAAAUUACAACGCACUCGAAAUCCCCUAAAGAUAAGACUUGCUCGCGUUUGAUUGUCCUUAUUGUUUGUUUUCCUUUCAUAGUAACCAGUCACAGUCCCCAUACCCCUAUGCGACUAACUUGGCAAGUUUACUCUCAAACUGGAGAAAUAGUUUGGACUACUACUGCGGCCCAUACCC